AUGGAAAGCCUCCAAAGAGUGACGUUUGUCACGCAGCGUUCUUUCAAGUACACAUACUAUGUCUCUCCACCAGAUGAAUCUACCCAAGCUCAUCCCGCAUUGCUUUUUAUUCAUGGCUUUCCCGACUCGGCGCAUCUGUGGGCUGAGGUGGUGGACAAACUCCGCGACCUGCCAAAUCAAAUCAUCGUCCCCGAUUGCUUAGGCUAUGCGGGCACGGACAAGCCACAAGACACUCAGGCAUACGCGUACAAAGACCAAGCCGACGAUCUGGCAGACAUCCUGGCCAACGAGAAGGUCAAAUCGGCCAUCCUCAUUGGACAUGACUGGGGCAGCGCGCUCGUCCAACGCACAUAUCUUCACAAGCGGGACUUGUUCAGCGGUGUGAUCCUGCUCAAUACGGGAUACAUGCUUCCGUCAGAUGAGCCGUUCAACCUGCAAGCGGUCAAUGAGCUCACGGAGAAAGUCUGGGGCUAUCCGCAAUUUUCGUACUGGGAGUUCUUUCUUGCGCCUGACGCGGCCGAAAUCCUGGAUGCGAACCUGGAGAGAAUGUGGCAAGUGUUGCACGGUGAUGUAGAAGACUGGAUGAAAAAGUUGUUCUGUGCCCCCGGCGCCCUUCGCGCUUUUCUCCUCGGCAACGAGGAAGUCCCGUUGAAGGAAUAUGCCAAGAAGCCCGAGUGGAAGGACCACUUCAUGCGGCAAUUCGGCGCGGACGGCUUCGCCUCGGCCUUGCAGAUGUACAAGGCGACGGCGUCGAAUGUUCAAUUCGCGUCGGAUGCGGCCCUUUCGAAAAAAAACUUGGCCAUUCAAGUUCCGAUGUUGUUUAUCACUUGUACCAAGGACGCUGUCUGCUUGCCGGAAAUCAUGAUCCCAGCUAAGGAACAAGGUCUCGUGCCUGAUUUGAAGGAGGUGGUGGUGGACUGUGCACAUUGGUCACCUAUGGAGAAGCCUAAUGAAAUCGCGGCACACAUCAGGGCCUUUGUCACGGAAAGGUUUCCAACUGCUCAUUGA